AUGCCAUGCCGACGUCAAUCAUCGUUCAAUCACAACGACAUGUCGUCAUGGACCGCUCCUAGACGAAAUUCAAAUCCAGGUGUAAAGGAUUCGCCGCCGCCGCCGGACAACUGGUCACAUGCGCAGGCGGCAGUGGCUCAGGGCCGUCGUAAACGACGCAUCGCUGACCAGCAUUUUAUGGCGAAGUCGGCGCCGUCGCUAACCGUCGACAAGAAGAAGGCGACGCACUCUACACGCAUAAAUUCAGACAAGACGAGCCGUAUAAAUAAAAUGCGUCACAACAGCAAUGUGUGA